CUUAUUGAUUAAUGAUAUUGAUGUGGAGCGAAUUCUGGCUGAGGGACCAUGGUCUUUUGACAAUAACCUGUUAAUACUUAGUAAGCCGGAACCUUUGUAAAACCCAGCUGAUGUACCAUUAACGCAUGAAUGCUUUUGGGUGCAAGCAUUUAAUCUGCCAGCAUCUUUUUUUUUUUUACGGAAAAGAUGGCUGUUAUCAUUGGUAAUGCAGUAGGCAGGUUUGUUUUAGCAGACCAGAACAAUUUCAAGGGUAGAUAUCUUGAAUUUAUGAGGAUCCGUGUACAAUUGGACGUGAGCAAACCUCUGAAACGUCGGGUAAAGCUAAGGAACGGAGCAGAAUCUGUCUGGGCAGAACUGAAAUAUGAAAGGCUGCCUCACUUCUGUUUCAUCUGCGGAAAGAUGGAUCACGUUGAUAGACUCUGCCCGGAAUGGUUUCAGGGAUUUACGGCUGAGCAGGAGAAGCGGUUUGGGUCUUGGCUAAGGGUGGGGGUAGGAAAAAGAAGACCAGAUUGAUGCACAUGGAGGGAGUUUUGAAGAAAUCCAUCCAAAAAACGGAUUAGAGGCGGGUCCUGGCAGUCAGGCCCGCCUAGGAUUAUGAGCUGCAUCAGUUGGAACUGCCGAGGGCUUGGCAACCCUUUGGCAGUUCAGGUCCUAGUGGAUAUGAUCCACUUGAAGCGGCCAAAGUUGGUGUUCUUAAUGGAGACUUUCUGCAACAGUUCCAAGAUUGAGAUGGUACGCAAGAAGACUGGUAUGCACGCUGGAUUUGGGGUGGAUAGCAUAGGGCAUCGGGGAGGCAUUGCUUUACUUUGGGAAGAUGGGGUACAUGUUGAUGUUCGGGACUCAUCCCCAAAUUUUAUUGAUGCUUGGGUCAGGAUGGAAGAUGAGAAGCCCACUUGGCGUUUUACCGGCUUUUACGGAUUUUCGGAAAGGCAUAGAAGAAGGGAGUCUUGGGAGUUAUUGAGGUUACUUAGUUCUCGAUCACAACUCCCUUGGUUAGUUAUGGGGGAUUUUAACGAUAUUCUUUUCGCUUCUGAAAAGAAGGGGAGGGUUCCUCAUCCGCCGUGGCUUUUGAGGGGAUUUAGAGAUGCAGUGUAUGGGAGUGGGCUUCAUAAUGUAUCGUUUGAAGGCUAUCAAUUUACCUGGGAACGGUGGCGUGGUUCGCGAAAUUGGGUGGAGGAAAAGUUGGAUAGAAUCUUGGCUUCGACAAGCUGGAUGGAACGGUUUAGUGAGGCGGCAGCUCAAUCCUUGGAAGGUUCACCCAGCGAUCACAUGGCUUUAUACAUUUGUCUAUCUCCAGCAAGAGGUAUAAAUCGUCGGAGGAGGUUCAAGUUUGAGAAUGUCUGGCUCUGGGAAGAGGAUUGUCGUGAUGUGGUGAUUCGGGGGUGGCAGUUGGGUCGUGAGGGUGGUGUCAUGGGGCAGAUCUCAACUUGUGCUAAGGCUGUGGACAUCUGGGAAAAAAUAAAUAUGGGAAAUAUAGUCGACGGAUUGCUUUCUGCAAACGGAGAUUGGAGUUUUUAAGGGGAAGGUUUGAUUCCUGGGGCAUGGCUGAAUUUAGCCGAGUUCGUAGUGAGUAUUUGGAUUUAAUAACUAAAGAAAAUCUUUUCUGGCAACAACGUGCUAAAGAGUUUUGGUUACGCGAUGGAGAUUCCAAUUCUCGCUUUUUCCAUAAUGCUGUUAAGCAGCGUCGUAGGAGAAAUAAAAUUAAAGGCUUACGACGUGAGAAUGGCAUUUGGGAGUGUGACAGAGGGGAGAUGGCUAAUAUCAUUGGUGAUUAUUUCUCUAAAUUUUUUUCCUCCAUGCAGGGAUCACGUGAAGCAGCUUGGGAUGGUAUUUCACGACGUUUGGAAGAGCAUCAUAAUAAUGACUUAUUGCGGCCGAUACGGAGUGAAGAGGUUAAAGAAGCUUUAUUUGCCAUGUAUCCCGAUAAAUCCCCUGGACCAAACGGCAUGAGUCCGGGUUUUUUUCAGCAUUUUUGGGAAUCCAUUGGUCCAGAUAUUGUAGGGUUUUGCAAGACAGUGUUCUCG